CGGGUUGGUUCAGGGUAACAACAUGGCGAUGUCAGUGAGGAGGACGCUGGUCGGUGUCUACAGAGGAACAUGUAACUCCUUGAAGACUGUGGAGGCGUCUGUGGAAGUGCGGCAUCCCCUCCCGCUGGUCCUUCCAGCCAGGACCAAGAAGAGAUACUUCAUCCCUCCGGCGGUGGGGAUAAAGGGGAAGCAGCAGGAGGACCCUGAGGCCAGAGCCCGAGCAGCCGGGGUUGUUAUCCAGCAGCAGUACAUGGAGAGGCCCAUCAACAUCGCGUGCACAGCGGGGGUCUUUGACCCCUACAUCCCCCCAGAGGGCGACGCUCGCCUCUCCACUCUGUCCAAAGAAGGCCUGAAACAGAGGACCGAGCAGAUCCGACAGAGCGCCGCCUCCCAGCUGGCGAUCCGUAAAAUUAAGGAGCACGACUCGUUGUUCUCCACCAAGACGUUUGCAGAGCAAGCUCAGGAAAUCUUCAUCGAGGCUCACAGAGCUCUGACACAAUUCAACAAGGAGAAGCUUCACUCUUUGGUCACGGAGCGCUGUUACCCGGAGAUGACGAGGGGAAACCGCCACAAGACGAUCCGCUGGAGCUUCGUGGAGUCGCUGGAGCCGCCCAGGGUGGUCCACGCCCGCUGCCCCGACAUGGUGACCAAAGGAAACCUGUAUGGACAGGUGACGGUGCGCCUGCACUCCAAGCAGACUCUGGCCAUCUAUGACCGCUUUGGGAGGCUGAUGUUGGGCAGCGAGGAGCAGCCAAAGGACGUCCUGGAGUACCUGAUCAUUGAACGCCACCUCAUCAACCCGUACGGCCGCUGGAGGCUGCAUGGGAAGAUUGUGCCGUCCUGGGCUCCAGCCAAGGACCCCGUCAUCAAGACGAUCCUCAUUCCCGGCCCCCAACUGAAACCGUGGCAGGAAUAUGAUACACUUAACUAUGAAGUUCCCAAACCAGCAGCAGUGCAGUGGUAUAAGUAACAGGCCACAGGGGGGCGCCACAGGGUUGGGGAAAACUAGACUUUGUUGUUUCUGACCCUGUUUAAACAUUUAUGAGCUGAGGCUGGUGGGGGGGAAAAAACAAGCUUCCUCUGCUUUUGUUUUUCAAAUGAAACAUUUAAUUUGCAAAAAACCUCAGAUGUACAGAAGCUGGUGUAUUUCUGCAAUGAUUGACACCACCUUGACCGCCACUCAUACAAAAAUAAAAAGUCCCAUCUGUA